CAUUUUACCGUAAAAGGAAGAAAUAGAAAAUGUUAACCACAACGAGAUAUGCCAAAGUGGAGGCGGGAGUCACCCCAAUUCCCCGCUAAAGCUAAACCCUUGCACGAUCAAGGAUGGCGAUUGAUAAUUUCUGUUGUCCGGUCUCAUCAUCUAAUGUCAAUCCUUUGUUGGACCGGACUCCUUCCAAAGACGAGCAACGGAAUCGGGAAAAGAUCAACUGCAAUUUGCCACAGGUAUGCACUGUUUCGGCUUCUUUUUGUGAUUCGGCGAAGAAAAACGAUGAUUGUUGCUGUGCAAUCAGUAUUUUGAAUGUGAAGUUGGCGAAGCUAUUGUGUCUGAGAAGAAGACGACGAAAAAGAGAGGGAGGAGAAAGAAGGAAAAGGUGGAAACUACAGUUUCCCCUUAUUUUAUGAAACAAUAUGUUGAGGGUGAGAGUGGAUGCAGUCAGGUUGAUGAGAGCUGGAGGACAGAGUUCGCAAGAGUUUCGGAAGAUAGACAUGAGAAUAUUAGUGAUAAGAAGCGUGAUCAACACGGUAAUGGCUGUCUUGUGGUUCGUAAUGCGAAGAAAAAGAAGGGGAAGAGCUGUGAUACAAACUUUUCUGGAUGUGUUACUGAAGGUGAUGCUACGCCUAUUUUAGUUGAGAAGAGGGGGCCAAGAAAGAGAGAAGCAAAAGUUGAGGAAAAUCAAGAAAUUACUUUUUCCCCAUAUUUUAUGAAGAAAUGUGUGAAGGAUGAGAGUAAAUAUUCUCAGAUUGAUGAGAAUUCAGGAGUUAAGCAUGUGGUAAAUUCAGAAGUUGGAGGUGAGAGUGAUCUUAAGAGUAAGCGGAAAAGGAGGAGAAGCGAUGUAGAAAUCAACAGGAAUGAAGACUUAAGCUCUAGAAGUAAGCAUCUGUCUGAUGGCAAUGGGAAGAUGAGAGCACGUAAAAAGGACAAAACCGAAACUACUGUUUCCCCUUGUUUUAUAAAUAAAUGUGUGAAGGAUGAGUUUAAGAAUUCUCAAUUCGAUGAGGACUUAGGAGUUGAACCUGCCACUGUUGCAGGAGAUGGAGAUGGGGGACUCAAGAGUAAGCGAAAAAGGAGGAGAAAAGAUGUAGAAAGUCACAGGAAUGAAGACUUAAGUUAUGGAACUAGGUGUUUGUCAGAUGGUGAUGGCAAGAUGAGAGAACGAAUGAAAGAUCGAAAAGAAGAGAUUACUGUUUCCCCUUAUUUUAUGAGUAGAUGUGUGAAAGAUGAGUAUAAGAAUUUUGAAUUGGAUGAGGAUUUGGGAGUUGAACUUACCACUGUUACAGGAGAUAGAGAUGAGGUACUUACAAGUAAGCGAAAAAGGCAGGGAAAAGAUGUAGAGAGCAACAAGCAGGGAGACUUAAGCUAUGGAUGUAAGUUUUUGUCAGAUGGUGAUGGCAAGAUGAGAGAACGGAAGAAAAAGGGAAAAGAAGAGAUUACUGUUUCCCCUUAUUUUAUGAAUAAAUAUAUGACAGAUGAGCAUAAGAAUUCUGAAUUUGAUGAGAAUUUGGGAGUUGAAACUGCCAUUGUUACAGGAGAUGGAGAUGAGGCUCUUAAGAGUAAGCAAAAAAGGUGGGGAAAAGAUGUAGAGAAAAAGCAGGAAGACUUAAGCCAUGGAAGUAAGUGUUUGUCAGAUGGUGAUGGCAAAACGAGAGAACGAAAGAAAAUGGGAAAAGAACAAAUUAAUAUUUCCCCAUAUUUUAUGAAUAAAUGUGUGAAGGAUGAGUAUAAGAAUUCUGAAUUUGAUGAGAAAUUGGAAGUUGAACCUGUCACUGUUACAGGGGAUGAAGAUGAAGGUCUUAAGAGUAAGCGAAAAAGGCGGAGAAAAAAUGUUGAGAGCAACAAGAAGCCAGACUUAAGCUAUGGAAGCAAGUGUUUGUCAAAUGGUGAUAGCAAGAUGAGAGAACGAAAGAGAAAGGUUUCCCCUUAUUUUAUGAAGAAAUGUGUGAAGGAUGCGAAUAUGUGUCCUCAGUUAGAUGAGAAUUUUGCAGUUGAUCCUGCCACUGUUACAGGAGAUGGAAACAAGGGUCUCAAGAGUAUACAAAAAAUGAGGAGAAAAGAUGUAGAAAGCAAUAGUAAGGAAGACCGGAGCCAAGGAAUGAAGGUUUUGUCUGGUGCUUAUGGCAAGAAGAGAAGAAGAAAGAAGCAAAAAGAAACUACUGUGUCCCCUUACUUUAUGAAGAAGUGUGUGAUGGAUGAGGACACAGAUUCUCAAUUUGAUGAGUGUACUGCAAUUGAAUCUGCUACAGUUUCAGAAGAAAGAGAUGGAAAAAAUAGCAAGAAUAGGAAAAAGAAGAGCAGAAAAAGUGGAGAUGAUCAUAUGAAGGAAAAUGUAACUGAUGAAGUUGUGCAUUUUUCAGAUGGAAAACUCGAGGAGGUGCCUGGGGUUUCAGUUUCAACCAAUCAGGAUACUGGUGGUGUAAAUAAGAUGGGAAAGUUCUCCAUAGAUGAUUUGUUCGCACAAUUUGCAUACACUGAUGGAAAAUGUUAUGAGAGUUCUGCCAAAUUUGGCAUCCACCAGUCUUCAUUUCAGAAGGAAACAGGUAGGAAAGACAAGAUGGCAGAGGAUAACAUGAAAAUCGUGGAGGAUGAAUUGGUUGCUGAGAGAAAUGCACUCUUGUGUGCGGUUGAUGUUGUUGGAAGUCAGAAUAACAGAGUUGAGAAUUUGAAAAAGGAAAAGAAAAUUGUUAUGGGAAAUGGUGAGAUAGUGCCUCAGAAAAAGAUGAGCAUCGGUACAAAAGGGUCGAAAGGAGCUAGGAAAAAAGUUUGUGUUGUUUCACCAUAUUUUGCGUGUCCGGAUGCUGAAGACAAGGUCACACCAAAGGAAGGGAAAACAGAAUCCAAGAAAUUGCAAGUGAGGAAGAUUUCUCCAUACUUUUGCAGCACACAGCAAGAGGAAGAGAAUGAAAAUACAGUUUCAUUGGGUCCAACAAAGUCCGAAAUUCAAGCUCGGAAGACUAAAAGAAAAAAAGCCCAUACACCUGUUCUCACUGCUGCUCAGAAGCGAGAUGAGGCUUAUGAAAGAAAAACUCCAGAUAACACUUGGAAACCCCCUCGUUCACCAUUUAAUCUCCUCCAAGAAGAUCAUGCAUUUGAUCCUUGGAGGGUUUUAGUGAUAUGUAUGCUUCUUAACCAGACUACUGGUCUACAGGCUGGACGGGUACUGUCAAAUUUUUUCCAACUGUGCCCAAAUGCCAAGACUGCUAUGGAGGUUGCCUCGGAGGACAUCGAAGAGGUAAUACGGAGUUUAGGUUUGCAUAAGAAGAGAGCAGUUGGAAUCCAACGAUUCUCUGAAGAGUAUCUGGGUGAAAGCUGGACUCAUGUGACUGAUCUGACUGGUGUUGGCAAGUAUGCAGCUGAUGCAUAUGCAAUAUUCUGCACCGGAAAGUGGGAACGUGUGAGACCAGUGGAUCAUAUGCUCGUAAAAUAUUGGGAAUUCCUCUCUGGUAACUUAAAGCUGACUCCUCAAGGUUGAUCAGAAAAGUUGAACUGCCUUUAUUUGUGGUUUUUCUUGCCUUUCUUCUGCGAUGUACAGAUGAAGAUGAUUUCGAAUUUCUCUUGUGGAAGUCCUCAGCUUCUGGAUAACUUUAAAUCUCUAGUACAUAAAUUUUUAUUUGAGAAACGUUCACCUCUGUAGCCUCAAGAGACCCAUAAUUUUUUGGUCUUCGCUUGGAAGAUGCUUUAGUUUUAUGA